ACUCCGAACACUUGGCGGCCGUUGUCCAAAACCCUUCGGCCCCUCGACCCCAGUUCUCCUCUAGCCCUUCGCAUUCCCGCGAGGGCGUUGAUGCGGGUGGAGGCCAUCGGCGGCCUCCCGGAACUGGAGGGCAGCAGGUCAGAGUCGUGGGUCGGCGGCGCGAUCCGUCGUCGGCGGCAGCGACGGCCGCGGCACGGAGCGGGGGCGGCGCCCCAAGCGAUGGCCACCCCUGUCGCCGCCGUGCAGCGGCUCUUCGAGGCGUGCCGCGAGGUCUUCAACGACGCUGGCCCAGGCGCAGUUCCGCCACCGGCCGGUAUCGAGAGGGUCAAGGCCGUUCUAGAUAGUAUUACAGCAGAAGAUGUUGGUCUAACGCCCAACAUGUCAUAUUUUCGACGUGUUGAUCCCCAUGGCACUCCUAAGAUCACUUACUUGCACCUCUAUAAGUGUGAGGCUUUCUCGAUCGGCAUCUUUUGCUUGCCUUCAAGGGGUGUGAUUCCUCUUCAUAAUCACCCUGGCAUGACUGUGUUUAGCAAACUUUUAUUUGGCACCAUGCAUGUGAAAUCUUAUGACUGGGCUGCUGCCCAACAAGAUAUACCUGAUGCUCAAUUGCAAGGACCACGUUUGGCAAAGGUCAAGUCUGACGGCAUCUUGACUGCACCUCACGAAACAUCGGUACUAUAUCCAGAAGAUGGUGGUAACAUGCAUUGCUUUACCGCACAGAAUGCUUGUGCGGUGCUUGAUGUCCUUGGCCCUCCAUAUGAUGAUGGCAGUGGAAGGCACUGCCAGUACUAUAAUGUCUCUUCAUCUGCAAUUUCUGUUGGAGGCUCGAUGUUAAUGCCUGGAGGUGACAGCUAUGAAUGGCUGGAAGAGAGUGAACCACCACAAGAUUUUUAUCUUGUUGGAUCAACAUAUAUGGGCCCAAGAAUUUUGGACCAGUGAACUCCUAUGCUUGUGAAGAUGCCUUGGUUUCGUGGAGCACAUGUGUUUGGUGUAAAUACAUUGCUGAAAUGAAGGUGACAAAUGGAAAUCCGUACAUAGAGAGCUGGGCCUUAAGGCUUCCGUUGAUCAUCAUUGAACCGCAGUUCAUCAUUACUCCAACUGGAAUUACUUAGUAAUAAGCAAUGAGAACGAGGAACGUGCUUGGCACCUCAAUAGGUUAUGUAGCCCCUUGGUGUAUACUCGUUCUUCCCCAGUUCUGUCUGUAGUGUCUAUCAGUUAGUAUGAGUUUUAGUCCUACCCAUUCUUGGGUUGCCAAAAAUGUUGCCUGAUUGACACAACCUUCUGCAGUGUUGGAAAUUGUUGAAUUAUUGAAUUUCAGCUGUGCUUUUCUUUCCUGAACU